UAAAUCCCGGCCCCCAUGCACCCGAUCGAGAUGCGGAAAUAUCGAGCCGUCGGACUGGUGGCUGCCCUGCUCGUGCUGCUUGCCGUAUCUUACACCCGGAACGCAGAAGAAGAGGAGGGGGCCAUGGCGGACGGCGGGCCACUGGCGGGCGGCAUCCACGACGCGCCAGCGGGGCGCGAGAACGACCUCCACGACAUCGACCUCGCCCGCUUCGCCGUCGAUGAGCACAACAAGAAGGCCAAUGCUCUUCUGGAGUUCGACAAGCUUGUAAAGGUGAAGCAGCAAGUGGUUGCUGGCACGAUGUACUAUCUCACUAUUGAGGUGAAGGAUGGGGAAGUCAAGAAGCUCUAUGAAGCAAGGGUCUGGGAAAAGCCAUGGAUGAACUUUAAGGAGCUGGUGGACUUCAAACCUGCUGAAGGUGGUGUUAGUGCCUAAGGUACCUCUCAUCUUCCAUGUCCAAUUGCUGCCUAAGUGCGUUAACGGGUUGCAGAAUAAGGAGCUGGUUUGGAUAUAGCUAUUGGACAUGUCACAGCAUGAUCCCCUUGUGUAAUACCGUAAAUAAUAGUGCUAGUAUGUUUUAUAAAAGUUGUAUUAACAACUCUCAUAACGGAACUGUCAUACCA